GGUGCUUGUAACAUACAUGCUCUGUGAUGUCUUUUCCAGCUUGCCGUCUGCCUCCUGCCCCGGUGAGCAUGGCUCAGGGGGCCACACGGGGGCGACGCUACCUCCGCGCCUUUGUGAGUGGCUUUUUUGUGGCCGUGCCCGUCACCGUUACCGUCCUAGACCGCUUGGCGUACGUGGCCAGGGUGGAGGGUGUGUCCAUGCAGCCGUUCCUGAACCCGGAAGGAGCAUCCGAGUGCGACGUGGUUCUGCUGAACCGCUGGAGUGUCAGGAAGUACAACGUCCAGAGAGGAGACAUCGUGUCCAUCAUGUCUCCCAGGAAUCCUGAGCAGAAGAUCAUCAAGCGCGUCAUCGGCUUGGAGGGAGACUUCAUCAGGACUCUGAGCUACAAGAAGCGACACGUGCGCAUUCCUGACGGUCACUUGUGGAUCGAGGGCGACCACCAUGGGCACAGUCUGGACAGCAACACCUUUGGCCCGGUCAGCAAAACCACCACAUGAACCCUCCUGUUAGGUUGCGGAUCAAACUGACCCAUUGCAAAAUGAAUUACGAUCGAAAAGUGGGCGAAUUCUUCUUGAACCGUCUGAUCUGCAAGUCCUGGA